GUAAAUCGCUCAAGUCAGAGCUCCUUCCUGUUUUUCACUAGUUCCGUCUUCUCGUGCCGUGUUUGCAUAAACUGGGCUGAAUAGGAAGUCCAGGAAGAAAAAGGGAGAGAGAGAACCAACAAGGAGAUUUUUCACCAGAACUUACGGGAGGAGGUUUUUGUAGGACUUGUUAGGUUUGCCCCUGUGUGUUAACAGCCUGAAGCCAUGGGGGCUGUGAGAGGUGUUGAUAGGGUUGAAAGGAGCAACAAAGUGCUUUCAAAGCAGAAGACUGAGUAUUCUUUCUAAAGUGAGGCUUGCGUAUGAAUAAAAUAACUAUCUAGAAAAUACAGAUUCCACCUGAUGGAUUUUAAAGGGCAAUCCUGCUCUGAAGCUUCAGAGACUGCUAGAGAAUAGUCAGCACACAUAAAAACUACCCUCUUGCACAAGUUACAAGGAGAAGGUAGGGGCUAGAAGGAACAUGGAAGCACUGAGAGAGUCAUUCCUUCACUUGACUUUUCAGAUGUCAACAUAUAAGAGAGCCACGCUGGAUGAAGAAGAUCUGGUGGACUCCACCAGUGAUGAUGUCUACCAGUCUUCACCCAUGCAGGUGACUCUUCUGCAGGGCCGGAGUGCAACAUGUUGGUCAGACAAAACAGAGAGAGAGAGGAGGCUGCUGUUCCUAGUUUGUGCCCUGUCAGUCGCCUUCUUUGUAUCACUAAUAUCUGCCGGAGUUUUCUAUAAACAAGCUCACCCCGGCUUGUGCCUCACAGAGCCAUGCAUUACCAUGGCCAGCGCAGUCAUGGGAGCCCUGGACAGAUCCGUUGACCCCUGCCAUGACUUCUACAAUUUUGCUUGUGGAGGCUGGGUGAAGAACAACCCCCUCCCUGAGGGAAAGUCCCGCUGGGGUCCUUUCAGCAACCUGUGGGAGCACAACAUGCUUGUAAUGAAGCAUUUAUUAGAGAAUACAACGAUGAAAGGUUUGAGUGAAGCGGAGGAAAAGGCCCAGCGAUAUUAUCAGGCUUGCAUGAAUGAGUCCAAAAUUGAGGAAUUGGGAGCAAAGCCUCUUCAGCAGCUAAUCAGCCAGAUAGGAGGAUGGGCUCUGACUGAACCCUGGGACAAGGACAAUUUCCAAGAAGUUCUACGAACAGUGUCAGCCAGCUUACACACGUCGCCUUUCUUCACUGUGUUUGUUAGCACAGACUCCAAGAACUCCAACAGUAAUGUCAUUCAGGUGGAUCAGUCAAGCCUGGGAUUACCAUCACGGGAUUACUACCUCAACAAAACAGCAAAUGAAAAGUAUCUCACCGCAUACCUUAACUUCCUCGUGGAGUUAGGGGUUCUCCUGGGUGGCUCAGAAGAGACGUCUCGGACGCUGAUGGAAGAGAUUGUAGACUUUGAAACCACCCUGGCCAACAUCACAGUCCCUCAGGAGGAGAGAAGAGAUGAGGAGCUUAUUUAUCAUAAGAUAGAAGCCAAGGACCUAAAAGAUUUGGCUCCUGCAGUGGACUGGAUGCCGUAUCUCACAGAAGUGUUUGAGCCUGUGCCACUUAACGAAUCAGAGCCUGUGGUUGUUUACGCCAAAGAAUACCUCCAGAAAGUUUCUGACCUCAUUGCUAAAACAAAUAAAAGCCUACUCAACAACUACAUGAUAAUGAAGGUGGUUAGAAAGAUGGUUUCUGUUUUAGACCAAACGUUCCAGGAUGCAGAGCAACGCUUCCUUGAGGUCAUGUAUGGAACCAAAAAGAGCUGUACUCCACGUUGGAAAUUGUGUGUCAGCGACACAGACAGCGCCCUGGGUUUCGCUCUUGGCGCCAUGUUUGUCAAAGCCACCUUUGCUGAGGACAGCAAAGCCAUUGCUGAGGAGAUGGUUGGAGAAAUUAAAUGGGCAUUUGAGGAUAGUUUAAAGUACGUGAGCUGGAUGGACUCAGAAACCAAAAAAGCAGCAAAAGAAAAGGCAGAUGCUAUAUACAACAUGGUUGGCUAUCCAGAAUUUAUCAUGAAUGCCACAAAACUGGACAAAGUGUUUAAUGAUUUUGUGGUGGUGUCAGAACUUUACUUCCAGAAUGUCAUGCAGUACUACAACUUCUCAGCCAGAGUGACUGCAGACCAGCUGAGGAAAACCCCCAACAGAAACCAGUGGAGCAUGACCCCUCCAACUGUAAAUGCGUAUUACAACCCAACCAAGAACGAGAUGGUUCUUCCAGCAGGAAUCCUUCAAGCUCCGUUUUAUAGUCGAUCUUGGCCUAAAGCUCUUAACUUUGGUGGCAUUGGCGUGGUCAUGGGCCAUGAACUCACUCAUGCUUUUGAUGACCAAGGGAGGGAAUACGACAAGGACGGAAACUUGCGCCCCUGGUGGAAAAACUCCUCUGUGGAGGCCUUCAAGCAGCAGGCCCAGUGCAUGGUGGAGCAGUAUGGCAAUUACAGCAUCAACCAGGAGCCUCUGAAUGGAAGACACACACUGGGAGAAAACAUUGCUGACAAUGGUGGACUAAAGGCUGCUUACAAGGCUUAUGUGAAUUGGAUCAAACAGAACGGUGAGGAAGCUACACUGCCUGCCCUGGGAAUGACGAACCAUCAGUUGUUUUUUGUGGGGUUUGCCCAGGUAUGGUGCUCUGUCAGGACACCGGAGAGCUCACACGAGGGAGUAAUCACAGAUCCUCACAGUCCAUCAAGAUUUCGAGUCAUUGGCACCAUCUCCAAUUCACAUGAAUUCUCAAAGCACUUUGGCUGCAAAGUGGAUGCCCCCAUGAACCCUAAACAUAAGUGUGAGCUUUGGUGAAACAUCUUUGCUCAUUGAUUUUCAGCGGGGAGUGAAAUGAACAUUGGGAGAAACGGCAUAAGAAUGACAAAGUCUCUCUGGACGGAAAUGCAAGAACCACUGAAACCCUUAAUACCUUUGCCACUUAAUGCUUAUCAGGCUUCUUAUCAGGACAGAAUGUGCCUGCAUUGUGUGGAGGAUUGCAAUCUUCAGUGCUUUUCCACAAAAAUUGUCGGUUUAGGAAGCAAAAUCUAUCAAGAUCCUAAGUUACAUGUACUUAUGAAUGUGGUUUUUCAACACUGGAAAUCCAACUGAAAGUCUGAAAAGAAGAGGGGAUUGCUAAAAUUUUGCAAACUGCUUGUUCAUCAUAUGAUAAAUAAGCAAAGUGUUGCUUCUUUUUUAUUGUUACUUUCAACUGUGCUUGGAUCUACUAUGAUUUAUUGUAUUUUAUUUAUAGUUAUAUUUUUAUAAAGCAGUAAGGCAGGGACCUGGAGACCUGUUUGAUCAUCUGUUUUAAUCCCACAUUUUUGUCUUUGAACCACUUUAAAAAAAAAAAAAAAAAAAAAUGAUAAAAUUUUGUCAAACUGUGUCAUCAUUCAGAAAAUAAGCAUAAGGUAAGUCAUGAUGUGCCAUACCUGGCUUUACAUGUAAAAGUAAAGUUAUUUUGUAUAGUAAAAUCCAUUUCAAAACA